GCGGAACUGAGAUGAAGUCUCUUCUUCUGCUGACCGUGUUCGGCAGUGCCUACGGUCUCCUGAGCUUUUUCCUCAUUGUCGCCCUCUGCGUCGGGGGCUGCUUGAGACAGCAGGACGGGGAGCGAACUGCACCCGACAGGUUCUGGCUGCCUCGAUUUGUGGCCAGCGGCGGCAACCUCGGGAGUGUGUCGCAAAUCGUCUACCGCGGCUGGGUGCUGAUCUGCUACACCCUGCCCUCCUGCUUGGUCUUUGGAAUUCCUGUCGUCAUGAUCAUGCUGCUCAUGGACCAUGUGGAGGAGGUUGCCAUGUACAUCUUCGUCCUGACGUCUGUCAGCGGGCUUUGCAUCGUGCUGAACCUCGCGAUCACGGGCGCGAUUGGCCUCUGCCGGUUGCAAUUUGCCCUUUCGGUUCCACCAGAGCGGAGC